ACACAGCAAGGGAAGAAGAAUCCCCAAAUCACAAUCCCAAAUUCCCAACGAAACACACUCCCCUGUGAACUCAUGCCCCUUGUCUCUCUCAUUCGUCCUGUUCUCUUAGGUGAUUCCAGAGACCUGGAACGAGAGCCAGUCUCUGCUCGUCCUGAUCUUCCCUAUGGGAAGCAGGCCCAGCUAAUUUCCUAGGAGAAGGGGAUAGAGAGAGAUUAGAAGAGUUGCCUUAGUGUCUAGAUCCUGCUGCAUUGCAGUCUCUUCCUUCCUCCCUCCCAAGGCUACCUGAUUUGGUCUGCACACUCUACGGAACUGUCAUAUGCUGAUGCAUCGCAACCUUUUUGCCACUUGUAAUGCUCAAACUUGCUGCUUAUAUGUUCAGCAGCCUGUCUGUCCUAGCAUGUCCAAGUGAUUCAUAAGCUGAGAGUCUGCCAAUUGUUCUUCGCUUCAUCAAAGGAAAUGGUGGUGCAGUUUUAUAUAUUGUCAUGAGAGCUGAUAGUUGAAUUCCUUUUUGCAUGUGUCGAACUUCAUAGUCAUGGCUUCAGCAUUACAAGCAGAUGAAGCAGCUCAUGAGGAAACCAGAGUAAUGGAGAAUAAUGCACAAGAAAAGAGAAACUCACUUCAGCAUCACUUCGCAAAAUCAUCAAAGGAGAUGGAGCUAACCCCAAGACGAAGCAGGAGUAUGAAAAUGAGAGAGGAGAAGACCUUGGAAACCACAAAGCUUAAUGCCUCAAUAGGUUCAGAUCAACAUGCUUUGAGUGUGAGUUCAGUCUCUUCAAUGCCUUCUGGGUGCUAUCAAAAGCCUUGGCUUAGUAGGAAGGCAGUUCGAGCUGAAGAGCUGAUCAAACACAUGUCAAAGGUUCCAAGUUAUCUCCAGCACAUCAGGAGAGGAGAUAACAUUCAGGCGAAGGCACUAAAUUUUGGAGUUCUUGAUUGGGGGCUUCUUGAGAAGUGGAUAUCCCAUACGAAACGUGUGGCAAAUGGGAGAGGUGAAAAUUCUUCAUGUAGUGGCAACGGGUCCUCAUCAUUUUCUGCAUUUGGAUCAUCUAUCCACUCUCAUUUAAGCACAGGUAUCCCUAUUCCUGGAAGGAAGCAAACUGCUUCUAGGGAUAGUCAUCAAAAUCCAUCUGUUUUGGGAAGCCUAACACAGUUGAUGGAGAAGAGAAGUCCGAAAGAUGUCAUGGAUUUUCAGGAUUCAAGAACUUCGGCCAUAAAGUUUUCUACCGGACAUGACCAGCAUCUUGAUGCAGAUUGUGGUCCAACUGCUAACUGUUCAUCAUUCGGGCAUUCAAAAGACAAGAGACAAAAUUCAGGUUCAAAAGCCACAUCUCAUAACGUGUCCAUACCUCCAGACUCUAGCACUUCCUGUUCAACUUCCAAAUGUGAUGAUGCCUUGGCUUUUAUACACAAGGCAGUAGAGGCUGCAGAUGGUAGAUCGAAGAAAACAGAACAAAAGCAAUACCUGACUUUGUUGCAGAACAAGGAAUGCAUGUGGGAUCAUCUCAGACACAGUAUUCGUGUGAGACAUAGUAGCUUUGAUUGCUUGAUAUCUAAUGAUGGAAUGCCAGCAGAAAGAUACCGCAGCAGUUUCUCAGGUAGCUUUCCUGAGGAUGUCCAGACCACCCAUGAAUCUCCUCAUGUUCCCAGCUCAUGUCCACUUCUCUGCAGCAUUUCGACCAAUGAACCUGAUUCAGGCAGCAACAUUUUGCAAGAAAACAAAGUUUCAAUCAUUGAACCAGAAGGCCGAAAUGGGAAACAUGGCCAAUUUACUAGCAGUUCUUCAGAGCAGUUAGUUAAUACAAUUAAUAAAUCAGGACGAGGUGAAGUAAAAGCAAUUGCUGCAACAGGAAGAAAAUUGCCCCACCAUCUGUCAGUUGCUGGUCCAACUUUGAUGGGCAGCAGCUCAUGGGAAGGUUCAUCUGUACGACAAUCAAAAUCAAUGGCUUGUCCAGACAAGUCUGAUGGUGAUAAGGCAGCGGCAAAUAACAGAGGUAGGUACAGCCCGUUGAGGAGGAUAUUAGACCCAAUACUUAAGCCAAAGCACCACAUUUAUUCUUCUGUGCCAAUCGCAGCUUCACCUGUUCGUAACUCUCAUGAGCUAAACACUGACAAGUCUAUGAUGAGGGCAGACUUAGCAUCAACACAGGGGCCAUGCAACUCAUCUGAUACAGGCAUUAAUUUCACUUGGCAAUCGAGGGAAAAUUUGAACUUGUCAAGUCAGAUGCCCAAUAGCAGCAGAGGAUCACUCCUAGACGAGGGGCAGCUGGCUUCAACAAGGCACUCUCUUCUGCAACUAGCUUGGAAGAAUGGACUACCUUUGUUUAUGUUCUCAUCGAGUGACGGUGAUAUUCUUGCAGCCACAGUGAGUAAGAAAAGUGUCUCUAAGAAAGACACUUGCGAAUGCAUUUAUACAAUUUUCUCCGUUCACGAAGUCAAGAAGAAAAGCGGAGUGUGGAUUAACCCUGGAAGCAAGAGUAAGAAGCAUGGGCUGCUUUCUCAUGUCCUUGGCCAGUUGAAGGUUUCGUCUUCCAUGCUCGCCGGUCAUGAUUCCAGGGGUCACUCUGUUUUGAGGGAAUUAGUUUUGUUUGGUGCUGAGAUGGCACCGACGUGCCAUGAAUCUACUGGUUCCCUGUUCAGUAGUGAGCUUGCCGCCAUUAUUACAGUGGAUCCUCAAGAGAUGCCAGAAGGUUCGAGUGUUCAUUCAAUCCACCGCGGCAAUGGCAAGCAUUCAUCACUGACAAAUUCGGCAGAACAAAUAUGUUAUUUUCGCCCAGAAAAAGGUCUGCAGGUUGAUAAGAAUAAUGAAAAUUCAUCGCUAUCUACAUUCAUAGCCAUACUCCCAAGUGGGAUUCAUGGAUUGCCAGAUAAAGGAGGACCCUCCCCCUUGAUCCAACGAUGGAAAUCAGGUGGAGCUUGCGAUUGUGGUGGUUGGGAUGAGGGCUGCAUGUUGACGAUCCUGACGAACAAUCAAGAGAAAAGGAGUUUGUGUUUAGUCCAUGCUAGUUGCAGCACUGAUGGUACUCACCAAUUCGAAUUGUUCGUUAAGGGUGGGUCUCCUGAAAGCAAGCAUGCCUUCCGUAUGGUUUCUUCCAAAGAGGGACUACAUGCAGUUGAUUUCAGGUCAUCUAUUGCUUCAUUGCAGGCUUUUGCAAUUUGUAUAGCUAUUCUCCACAGCAGGAAUUCUACUAUCCGUGCAAUGGAAGCAGAGUCCUUGCAGGAACAUAUAUUUUCUGAAAAUGUGGGGAAGGCUCCUGCAAAUUAUGUACCAAACCGUCCACCUCUUUCCCCAGUUGGAAGAGCUUAAUUGCCCUCUGCUAGCAUGGGCAUAACAUCUUGGCAGGCGCUUUGAGUUCUAUCUGCUACUUCCCAUUUAGUGACACAAUCAAAUGGACCUGCCUCUAGUUAUAGCUGUCUCCCAUCUGCUAGCAUUUGGUAACGCAGCUGGGGGAGUUUAAAGCCGCGUGUGACCGAAAACUGCGGGGUUACAAGUUGUUGUUGUUGUAGUAUAUCAAUAUAACCAGCUGUAGAAAAAUAUCGCUCUCAGCAGGUAUUAUAUCAAUAUAAACAGCAGUCAGGAAAAUAUUGCUCUCAAGGUGAAAAAAAAAGGAAUCUUUUUGUUAUGUUACAUUAUUAGAAAAUAAUCUUUGUGUUGGGA